GUAACAAACAUAUGGAAAUAUUACGGAAAGCAACAAAAAGAGUUCAGGAAGCACGAUUAAAUCAUGACGAUAGCGCUGUUAAAAAAGCUGUUAAUGAUUACGAGGAAGCUUUGGAAAGAUAUGUUCCAGUUUUAAUGGCACAGGCUAAAAUUUACUGGGAACUUGGAAAUUAUACGCAAGUUGAAAAGAUUUUUAGGAAAAGCGUCGAAUUUUGCAAUGAACAUGAUAUAUGGAAAUUAAAUGUAGCUCACACCCUUUUUAUGCAAGAAAAUAAGUUUAAAGAAGCAACGGGAUUUUAUGAGCCAAUUGUUAGAAAAAGAUAUAAUAAUAUUUUAGAUGUGAGCGCUAUAGUACUCGCAAAUUUAUGUGUAAGUUAUAUCAUGACAUCCCAAAAUGCGGAAGCUGAAGGAUUAAUGAAAAAGAUAGAAAAAGAAGAGCAAGUUGUUUCACGAGAGGAUCAAGAUAAAAAAUUAUUUCAUUUAUGUAUUGUGAAUUUGGUAAUCGGAACUUUAUAUUGUUCUAAAGGAAAUUACGAAUUCGGUAUAUCUAGGGUAAUGAAAAGUUUGGAACCUUACAAUAAAAAGUUAGGAACAGAUACUUGGUUUUACGCGAAGAGGUGUUUUCUAUCCCUUUUAGAACAGUUGGCUAAACAAUUAGUAGUUUUAAAAGACACUAUACUCCAGGAGUGUAUACAAUUUUUAGAACACUGUGAAGUUUACGGAAGGGACGUGGUAACAGUAAUAGAAGAGCCUUUUGAUAUGCAAGAUAUAUUUUCUAUUACUCCAAAUGGAAAGCAAACGGUUGUUUAUGAAGCGCGAUAUUUGAAAGCCCUAUUUUUGAAAUUGCAGAUGUCUUAAAUAUAUAUAUAUAUAUAUA